GUAUAGGCAGCUCUGUGGGGCCAGACUCGCGACAGCUUCAGCGGAGUCGGGAGCAUGAGCGGCGACAUCGACACAAUUGCCUGUGCCCUAUGGGGGCGUGGCGCUCCACCGCAAAACCUUGUGGGCCUGCUGAUCGCUCUGGUUAACCUAUUGGUACAUUUGCCCUUCACCGACCUGCCCGUGCUCCGGGACUACAAGCUUGGUGAGCUGCGGUCGCAGUACGACUACGUCAUCGUUGGCGGUGGCUCAGCUGGCUGCGUGAUUGCCAACCGCUUGUCUGCGAAUCCGGACAUCACUGUGCUUCUGCUGGAAGCGGGUGGACUGGAAGAAGCCUCGCGUCAGGUCCCUGUGACCGCAUCCUACAACCUCGGUGGCCACGACGACUGGGCCUACCUGACCGUGCCACAGAAAAAUGCUUGCCUUUCUUUCCAAGGACAGCGAUGCCCUAUGUCACGAGGCAAAGUUCUAGGUGGCUCCAGCGUGUUAAAUUUCAUGAUGUACGUACGAGGAAACCGCCACGAUUAUGACCGCUGGGCCCAAACAUAUGGAGCCGCGGGAUGGUCAUAUCAGGAUGUGCUACCGCAUUUCAAGGACAUCGAAGACUUUCGUGCGGGACCCGUAAACGAGUACCAUGGGACUAAUGGCGAGGUACCAGUUGGGCUCGCAAAUGCCAGCACACCUUUGAGCAAGCUCUUCCUAGAUGCGUGCAAGGAGUCAGGCUACUCCCUUGUCGACUACAACGGUGCUACGCAGUCAGGUUGCUCUCGCCUGCAGAUAAACAUGGCGAAUGGCGAGCGGUUUAGCUCCAGCAAGGCAUUCAUCCACCCCGUGCUGAGAACGCGCAGAAAUCUCGAUGUGGCGCUAUUCAGCCAAGUCACAAAGGUAAAUUUCGAAGGCAACCAUGCGGUGGGCGUCACGUUCACAAGGUACGGCAAGGCGCAGAACGUUUCUGCCAGACGAGAGGUGAUCCUCUCUGCUGGCACCAUAGGAUCUGCCCAUCUUCUGCUGCUGUCCGGUGUGGGACCAAGAGAGGAUCUGGAGCGGCUGCAGAUUCCAGUGGUGGCCGACCUUCCUGUAGGGCGCAGCAUACAAGAACACUCCUUCCUAUUUACGGCAAUGCCUGUCAGAACCGACUGGCAAGUGGGGAUGUCGCUUUUCAGCUUAGAAGAUAUUGCACAAUACGACAGCAACAGAAGUGGGAUAAUCACCAUACCGACGGCUAUCGAGGCUGUCCAGUUUCUCAGCACCCAGUACGCAGUGGGUCCCGAUUCUCCUGACAUCGAGCUGGCCAUCGCUUCGUCUCAACCAGCUAGUCAACUUGCAAGAGCCGAGAUACUCAACUUCGGCGUGUUGCCAGAGGCUUACGACAAAUAUUUGGGACCGAAUGACAAUGUGCCUGGCUUCAGGGUGGGGAUCAUUCACAACCGACCUAAGUCACGCGGUACCAUCACGCUGCAUUCCUCUGACCCAAAUGAUUAUCCGGAGAUCGAUCUUCAUCUGCUCGAACACCCAGAUGACGCCAAAGCGGCCGCUGAAGGCACCAAGAUCUUCAUCGAUCGCAUACUGACCACGAAGGCCAUGAAGAGCAUCGGCGCAAAGCCCUGGGACGUGACCUUUCCGCCUUGCGCUGACGCGGGACCACGGUGGAGCCUUGAGUACAUCGAAUGCCUGCUUCACCACUUGGCGAGCCCCGGACUGCACAUCUGUUGCUCAGUUCCCAUGGGUUCACAUGACUCGGCUGUCGUGGACGAACGCCUUAGGGUCCGAGGCAACGUGACCGGUCUGCGAGUGGCUGACGUCUCCGUGAUGCCCGAAAUUCUAAGCGGCAAUACUCACGCAGCCGCCAUGAUGAUUGGAAGCAAAGCGGCUGCAAUGAUAGCGGAAGACAACGACCAUGAAUGAAGACUCCGCACAGUGGAAGGCAAGAUAAAUGGU